AAAUUCGUUCAAGAAUCUUAACGCUAAUUCAUAUUCGUGGCUAAUACAUUAAACCCUUCAAGACUAUGAUAACUACUAUAAUGUCCAAAUUCUACUUCUUCUUCUUCUUUUUCUUUGUUUUCUUCGUUUUGGCAGAUGGUGAAAUUACGAAUAAACGCAUUCGUCGGUGGUGCAGCACCGUCCCGCACCCGGAGCCCUGCAACUACAUCAUGGGUCGAGACCCUGGGCGAUUCGACCCCAAAACCCUCGAGGAUUUCCGGGCCAUGACGAUCCAAGCAGCCAUGGAGCGAGCCGUGGAGUUGAAAAGCCACGUCGAGAAGCUUGGCUCCACGGGAAAGAGCAAAAGAAAGAACAUCGUGUUUAGAGACUGCGAAAAUCUCAUUGACAGCACCAUCCUCCAAUUAAACACCACUUUGCACAGCAUAAAAACGAACUCGAGCUUCACGGAUUCCGACGCGCAAACAUGGCUCAGCUCAGCCCUGACCAACAUCGAAAUCUGCCGGUCAGGUUCCGACGAGCUGAAAUUCUGGAAAUUCAGCUCCCCGAUUUUGUCGGGUAAUCUUUCAGAGCUGAUAAGCAAUAGCCUCGCGGUAAAUGGGGCUCUCUCGGGCAACUCCUCAACGAAUUACGACACGAAUAAUCAUGGGUUUCCGGGUUGGGUGACGCCAGGUGACCGUAAACUUUUGCAGGAUGUGGGUCUGGCGACGGCGUCGAAGGCGAAUGUCAUCGUGUCGAAGGACGGGCCAGGCGAUUUCAGGUCCAUUCAGGAGGCAAUAAACUAUGCGGUAGACAAUCGGGUCGGGGACGGGCGGGUGGUUGUGUACGUGAAGAAGGGGGUUUACGAGGAGAAUAUAUUGAUAAACCGGACGAUGAAUAAGGUGACGCUGGUGGGUGAUGGAGUGAGGUAUACUGUGAUCACCGGCAACCGGAGCGUCUCCGCCGGUUUCACGACGUACAGCUCUGCUACUGUGGGGGUUGAUGGCUCCGGAUUCAUGGCCCGUGGAAUCACAUUCCGGAACACCGCCGGGCCAGAAGGCGGGCAGGCAGUAGCCUUCCGGUCAGCCUCCGACCUCUCCCUCUUCUACGCCUGCAGCUUUGAAGGCUACCAAGACACGAUUUUUGCUCAAUCCCAGCGCCAGUUCUAUAAGUCGUGUUACAUAUACGGCACCAUCGACUUCAUCUUUGGAAACGCCGCCGUCGUGUUCCAGAGCUGCGUCAUCUACGUCAGAAAGCCUUUACUCGGUCAGGCUAACAUCAUCACUGCCCAGGGUCGGGGAGACCCAUUUCAGAACACGGGAAUCUCGAUCCAGUACUGCCGGAUCCUUGCUGCCCCGGACCUUAAACCCGUUUUGGGUUCGUUUAAGACUUAUUUAGGCCGACCUUGGCAAGAGUUUUCCCGGACCGUAAUCAUGAAGACUUAUCUUGAUGAUUUGGUCGACCCGGAGGGCUGGUCAAGCUGGGCCAACUCUGACUUCGCAUUGAGUACCUUGUAUUACGGGGAGUACCAAAACUUCGGGCCGGCAGCUCCUACGGACAAUCGGGUUAAGUGGCCAGGUUACCAUAUUAUAACGAGCCCGAAUGAGGCAGCCCCAUUCACAGUUACGGGUCUAAUAUCGGGUCGGGGAUGGCUGCCUGGUACGGGUGUUCCGUUUAUUGCCGGGCUGUGAGUGUGCGUGUGUACCUGCUGAUGUGGAAUUCUUUUAUUUGUUAAUUAAUUUGUAAAUACAAUGUUAUGCAAUUAUGACAGAUACUUUAAUUUCUUAAUUUAUUUUAAUGUAUGAAAAUGAUGUAAUUAUUCUUUCGGUUGCACACUUGGAAAUGGAACUAAUUUAA